GGAAGUUGCCAAGAACACGACUCCAUUGCAAUGCUUUUCAAGAUUCAUCACCCACUAUAUAUGUCACAAGCCAAUUAAUCACCUUUCCUCAACUUAAACACCUUAAGUUUUCAGAUUCAUAGCAGGGUUUCCUUUUCCUUUUCCUUUUUCUUGUUCUUGAUAUUAUGUCUACUUCAUCGGAAAUUGUGGAUUCCGGUAGAUUUUCCGGCCAGAAUAUGCCGUCCAGAGCUCCGGAGAAGUCCAGCUUCUCCCAGACUUGUAAUCUGUUCUCUCAGUACUUGAAGGAAAACGCCACUUUCCCAGAUCUGACUCUUGGUAGGAGGACAGCACCAUCAACUGCCACAAUGAAUCUUUUCCCGAUGGCUGAAACCACACCGACGCCUGUCCAGCCGCAAACCACCGCCGGACAGAAUCAAUCAAGACCGAUGACCAUCUUCUACAACGGUCAGGUCAUCGUGUUCAAUGAUUUAGCUCCAGAGAAGGUUAAAGAAAUCUUGAUGUUAGCGGGGAAAGGGGUUCCCCAGAAGCCCACAAAACCUGAAGAACUUUCGAAUAAUAUGGUGCAUGAUAGUAUCAAGAUUCAACGUCCUCAGCCUGUUGUUGCAGAUCUUCCGAUAGCAAGAAAAGCUUCCCUCGCUAGAUUCUUGGAGAAGAGGAAAGACAGAAUUACGGCUCGAUCGCCAUACCAAACGCAAGGCGAUUCAAAGCAAGAAGAUAGCAAGACGUGGCUGGGACUCGGUGCACAAUCACAUAUCCAAUUUCAGCUGCAACGGUGAUAAUAACGUACGAGUGUUAUCAUAUUUAAAGAUGGUUCAACGAAUCGCUCAAGCAUGUUAAUUACGUUUAGGAUCGAUGAUGUUUUUUUAAUCAUGUUCUUUUUUACGGAUGUCCGGAUUAACUACAGAAAUUUCUAACCUGUUUUUGCGCCUUUCUUGCCAUGAGAGACGUAUUGUAAUAGUAGUAGUUUUACAUGUGAUAUGGGGUUAAUGGAGGUAUACUAUUAUUCUUUAAAAGUGUCGAUUGUUUGGUGUGUUAUUUUUGCACGACUCUUGAAUCAAAACAUAUGUGCAAACAUGUAACAUGUGGGUGGGAAGUGGGAAGUGGGAAGUGGGAACCUAAUUCGAUGAUAUGUUAAAUUAACUUUCUGGUGUUCGGCCAGAUUUGACUCCAUUAGUAGUAUACCAAAAGCGACCCAAACAAUAUACAAAUUAAUUAAAG